GUCCUUUCCUACCACCUUAUGUUUGCUUGUGGUUCGCUGCUGUGAGUUGGCAGAGGGGAAAUGAAUGAGCAAUGCUUUGGGAAAUAAAAAGGCAUAUUCUGGUUUUCCUUCUGAUCCUUGCCCUUUUAAGAAACUUAUGUGACGCUCAAUGUUCUGUGAAACCAGUUGGUAAAAAGGGCUGCUUUCAUGAUGGAAAAUGGUACCGUGUUCCAGCUGUUUGGAAAACAAACAACUGCCAAAGAUGUGAAUGUAAACCCCAAAAAUUAAUAUGCUGCAGCCUAGUUUUCAGACCUAUCAACUAUGAUAAGAAGAAAUGCAUUGCCAUGUUUCACCGCAAAAGUUGCACCAUCCGUGUGGUGAAGAAGAAUGAUCCUGCAGAAAAUUGCCAAGUCUUUGCUGGGGUUGGUUAA